AUGGCUGCCCCUCUCGACGUUGCCCAGCAAGUUUUUGCCCUCCUCAAUGGUGGUGCACUGGGUUCCCAACAACAUGUGGCAUGCGUCAACAACACGCUGAACGGGACUGCCACCUCGUUUGUGCCUCCCACCUCCGCAGCUCUCCCCACCUCGUUCGAUAUUCAUUCUAUUUUGACCUUUAUCUUUUCGUUCUCUGCGCUGAGAGAGUGGGUCAAGCUUGCUGCCAUCGGUGCGGUCCUUGAGACCUUUCGACGUUUCGUUUUCCACUUUUACUACAAGAUCUGGGAUGCCUUCUUCAUCACUGUUCUGUUCGAGGACGACGAUGUCGCUUAUGAUUGGAUGAUGGUCUGGCUUUCCAAGCGCCCUGAGUGGAGACAAGCACGAAACAUCGAAAUUAGUUCCAAAACCUUUGGAUUAAAUACUUCUGCGACUCAAAUUGAAGGCGAGGAGCUCGAUCCCAUGGACGCACUCGCAUCUACGCGCGCUUUGAACUACGUCCCAUCUGUCCACACUGCGUUCACUUUCUGGUACAAACGGCGCUGGGUACGCAUCACUCGGGGCGUCCGAGAGUCCAACAACUACUGGAAUGCACGGGCGGAGCAACUUUGGGUCUGCAUCUUCUCCAUGGACCACAGGAUUCUUAACCAGAUGCUCCUCGAGGCGAAGAAGGCCCACAAAGAGGCGCAAGAGAACAACAUUUCAAUCUACGCUUCUGAUUCAAACAACCAGUGGAGGUACAUUGCCUCUCGACCGAAGCGGCCCUUGACUUCCAUCGUGCUUGACCCCGGAGUGAAGGACGUUAUCCUCGACGACGCUCGCGACUUCAUGCUGAGCAAAAGCUGGUACACCACCCGAGGCAUUCCUUUCCGCCGCGGUUAUCUCUUAUAUGGCGCCCCUGGUACCGGAAAGACCAGCAUCAUCCACAGUCUUGCCGGAGAACUCGGUCUCAACGUUUACAUCAUCUCCCUCUCGCGAUCUGGCCUUGACGAUAACGCUCUCAGUGAACUGAUCGCUGACCUUCCUGAGCAAUGCAUUGCCCUCAUGGAGGACAUCGACGCCGCUUUCAGUCAGACCCUCAAUCGCGAUGCUGACGAAAGUGACGGGAACAAGAACAACCAGCAGAACGCUGGCCCCGCUCCCAAGACCACUUCACGAAUCAGUCUUAGCGGCUUGCUCAACGCCUUGGAUGGAGUCGGUGCUCAGGAAGGACGCAUCCUUUUUGCCACUACCAACAAGUACACCUCUCUCGACCCCGCUCUUUGUCGUCCAGGUCGUAUGGACGUCCACGUUGAAUUCAAGCUCGCCAGCAAAUACCAGGCCAGGGAACUAUUCCGACGCUUCUUCCUCCCUGAUUCCGUCGACGAAGUUGUCAAGAAGGAGUCCGAGAAGGAGAAAGAUGUCGAUUCCGGCUAUGCGAGCUGUGCUGAUGGCGGCGAUUCGGAGAAGGCUGCUUUGAUUCAGGCGGCGAAGGAGAACGAAGAGGUCAAGCCUGAGCAAGUUUCGGCAGUCGUUCAGUCAUCUCAUAGGCGUCGCGGUCCUCGGCUUUCGUCUCAAGAGGUCGAAGAGCUUGCCGCCAAGUUUGCUGACGCCGUUCCUGAGCGGGAGUUCUCCAUGGCCACGCUGCAGGGGUAUCUAAUGACCUAUAAGAUUCGACCUUGUGCUGCUGUGGAGGAGGCUGCCAACUGGGUUGCUGGAAGGCGGGCUGAAGCUGCUGCAAAGGCUGAGAAAGAGAAGAAGGAAAAGGAAGAGGCGGAAAAGAAAGAGGCUGAAAGGAAGCAGAAGGAAGAGGAGGAAAAGAGGAAGAAAGAGGAGGAGGAGAAGAAGAAGAAAGAGGAGGAGGAAGAGAAGAGGAGGAAAGAGGAGGAAAGGGAAAAGAGGAGGAAAGAGAGGGAGGAAAAUAAAGCAAAGAAGAAGAAGAGUAAGAAGGAGACGGAGGACGAGGACUCGGCGACCUCGAGCUGGGAGGAUUAA